AUGUCUGAUUAAGAGGACUAAAUUAAUGGAUAAAAUGAUGAUGAUAAUCCUUUAAUUAAUAAUUCAUAGGAAAAAGAAGAGUAGGAAAAGAAGGAAUAUCUUAAAAAUCUUGUUAUUAGAUUGAAAGAUGUUUAGACAUAAAUUAAAUAAACAAAAUCUGAUAUUGAAUAAGAAAAAUAAGUAUUUAUAUUGAAUCAUUAGAAAUUAGUUAAGAUAAUAAGCAUCAAUUAAAUUAGAAGAAAAAAGAGAAUAAAUCAAAAAACUCUUGAUUAAGCAAAAUUAAACUACAACUGAUGUAUAUUAGUGUAUAUUCUAUAGAAAGUUGAAAUGUUGAUUAGGGACACACUUGAAAAUCUUGUUCAAUAAACUUUAUAAAAGUAAUAGGAACUAAGGGAUCUUAAAGAAAACGAAAAGGAGAGAGGUUUUUUAAAUUAUGAGUUAGAAUUACAAUUUAGAAAUUUAAGGUGUUAUCAUAUUUAAUAUAUUUAGAAAAUAUACAAGAGAUCUUAGAUAAGAAUUACAAGAGAGUGAUUAACAUGCUUAAAAAUUAAAAAUAUAAAUAUAAAAAUAAACAAAUACUAAUUUACUAUUGAGAACAGAUGUUGAUGAAAAAUCAUAAAAAAUUUAGUAAUUAAAAUAGGAAGCAUAAUAAUUAAGAGCAACAAUUUAAAAUUUAAAUGAUGUUAAAAAAGUAAUUAAUAGAGUUUCAGAUUAAGAAUAAAUAAUAAUAGACAAUAAUAUUCAGAGAAAACCAAGAAAUUCUACUAAUAAUAAAUCUGCAUCUUAAUAGAGAGCCAAUUAUAAUACGCAUGAUGUUAAUGAUAAUUUUUGGUAUGGAGAAAAGUAAUUAAAACUUCCUUCUGUUCAAUCCACUAGAUAAAAAAAAUGA